AUUAAUCCCAACUCAAAAAGCUUUAAAAUCUUCACCGUUCCAUUUGCUAUUCCAUCUUCAAACAUCUCUCUCCCUCUAAACAAGAAAAAGAGUAAAUAUACAAUGGUGAACUUUGUGGAUUCACAAAAACCAUUGUUGUACCGUCUCAUGAAAUGGGCUGGUGUCAUUCCGUACACCGUAGAGAUUGAACCAGGGACGAAGAUGAACUUCUGGAUCCCAAAAGAAACACUAAAAAAACCCAAAAAAUCUGACAAAAGCUCUGCCGUGGAACCCAAAAAACCUACCAAACCAGUCCUCUUGUUCAUCCACGGCUUCGCAGCUGAAGGGAUCGUUACAUGGCAGUUCCAGGUUGGAUCCUUAGCCAAGAAGUACUCAGUCUAUAUUCCAGACCUCCUCUUCUUUGGUGGGUCUUACUCCGACAACCCGGAUAGAUCACCAGCGUUUCAAGCCCACUGUUUAGUCAAGUCUCUUCGUAUCCUCGGCGUGGAUAAGUUUGUCCUUGUAGGGUUUAGUUACGGUGGCAUGGUGGCUUUCAAGAUAGCUGAGGAGUACCCUGAGAUGGUUCAAGCCAUGGUGGUUUCAGGUUCGAUACUCGCGAUGACUGAUACAAUCAGUGAGUCUAAUUUGAACCAGUUAGGGUUUAAAUCGUCGGCCGAUCUUUUGUUACCAACUUCGGUUAAAGGACUCAAGACUCUCUUUACCCUUGCUGUUCAUAAACCCAUGUGGUUCCCGAAUAGGCUCUUCAAGGAUUUCAUUGAGGUGAUGAUUACCAAUAGGAAGGAAAGAGCAGAAUUGUUGGAAGCUUUGGUCAUCAGCAACAAAGAUGUGACCAUCCCUCGUUUUGAACAGAAAAUACAUCUUCUGUGGGGCGAAAGUGAUCAAAUUUUUAACAUUGAAUUUGCCAAGAGCAUGAAAGAGUAAGUUUCAAUACAGUAUUUUUUUUUCA